AUGAAUCCGCUCAGCAACAGCAAUGUGGAUUUGACAAGCACGCAUCAUUCUCAGGCAACCAUCCAGUCUCUACACCCAUCUCAGUCUCUGGAGAAUGGGUCAACCAGCCACUCUCAUGGGCUCUUGGUAACAUCUUCCGACGCUCGGCUCCUACAGCAGUAUCUAGACCAGCACUUCCCUGACGAAACCGACAUCAUCACUGCGAUUCAGAGUCGCCAGGAACAACUCCAGAGCAGCGCUAGCACCAGCCGUUCGCGCAGUACCCGGAACCGCCCCCUACCGCUGAACCUUUGGUUGUUCCGAUUCCGACAGCUCAAGAACAUCCUCUCGCAUUUUGGCAUCCCAGUCAACAGUCCCGUGGGCACCUUGGAGUUGCGUGUACAAGGGCAUUUGCCUCAGUCGGUGGGAUCUAGAGUUCAAGGACGGUCAGCCCGUGUGAAGUAUGAAGACAUAUAUGAAUGGGCGGGAGUGGAGAGAAGCACCGCAGCGAACAUUCGCCCUAUCUACCUGCAGCUUGAAGCCGCAUAUCGUGCAAACCAUCCUGUCAACCGCGCCCACAUCUUCGUCUCCUUACCUGAAGCCCAGCAGCACCUGAUCAAGCUUGCUGGCUCUAUCAUUGAAGGAAAAUUCUUUGUUGGGAUCGAAGACGAACUGGAUGCGGAUGAGCAGCUUCCUUGGGUAACGAUGAAACGGGAGACCUGUGUAGAGGAAUUACGUGUCUUUCACAAGACCUCAGGACAAUUUCUAAGUGAUGCUGUGAGCGGAUCUUAA